AUGGAAGCGGUCGUAGAAGCCUUGGACAACCAAGGCGUCCCCACUCAGUACAUAAAGGUACUUCGAGAGUUGUACAGUAACUUCACGACCGUUGUUGGAAUUUCGCCAUUGUACAAGAAUAUCAUCAUUGACGUGAAGAGGGGGGUCCGACAGGAUGAUACAAUCUCAACCAAAAUAUUCACAGCCACCCUCGACAACGCAAUGCGAAAGUUGGAAUGGCACGACAUGGGAGUGAAGGUCGACGGUCGGCAGCUACACCAUUUGCGCUUCGCUGAUGACAUCGUACUGAUAACACCUAGCAUCAGCCUAGCGGAACGAAUGCUGACCGAAUUCGACGAAACAUGUGGAUGCAUCGCUCUUCAGCUUAACCUACAAAAGACGAUGUUCAUGCGGAACGGAUGGGUCUCGAAUGCCCCAUUCACGCUUAACGAAACGGACAUAUCUGAAUGCACCAGCUACGUUUAUCUGGGUCGGGAAUUGAACAUGAUGAACGACGUGACCUCCGAGCAGGAGACGAGAAUGAGACGAGCGGCUUGGGGAGCGUACAAGAGCAUCGAGGAUGUAGUGAAGAAGACCAGAAACACCCGGCUCCGUGCUCACCUCUUCAACACCACCGUACUUCCUGCUUUGAUCUACGCUUCGGAAACCUGGGCAUUUCGCAAGCAGGAAGAAAACGCGGUUAGGGAUGGGAUUCGAAGUUCUCUCCUACGUCAACGAUCGAAGAUUAAAGACGCCGCUGCGUUUGCCAAGGAAAGUAAAAUAAGGUGGGACGAACACGUGAUGCGCUUUAACGACAACCGUUGGACCAGAGCCGUGAGCGACUGGGUUCCCCGCGAUAUUCAGCGCACUACAGGAAGACUGCCGACCCGAUGGUCAGAUUUCUUCACGAAAUCCUUCAAAGGAAAGUAUGAUGCUCUUCGUGUCCCACGCGAAAGGAGGAACCACUGGGUUACUCUGGCACGCGAUCGGGACAAAUGGAAGAAUUACUGGCGCCCCCUCGACCAGUUCGAAGAUCAACAGGAGUCAAGGUGA